GGCUUUACACAGACAGACUGCCUGUAUGCCGAGGGAGCCAUGUUGAUGCCUGGUUUUGUGUCAACCGCUGCAUUUCGGAUGGUUAAAGGACUGCGUCUGAAAGACCGGGAGACUUAGCGGUGGUUGUAGCACCGCGAUGAGAAGAGGAGCGCGGGUUGAGAUGGUUCACGGAGCGCCAGAAGAGACUUAGGUCGCCGAACAGUUGUUUCAAAGCAAGUUGAUGCUAGUUAGCCUGAUAGCUAGGUAGCAACAGCUGUGCGGACGCUGCGUGGGAUGCGGCGUGUUGACUAAAACAAACCCCUCUUCUCUCCUUGUUGCAUUUUGCUGGGCUAACGUUAGUUAGACUGCUUGAAGACCCUGUGCCCCGGCGGAGUAACAAGGGGGCUGCUGCGUUCAUGCUCGCUUGCUUUAGUCGCAUCUGUAAAGCUAACUAGCUAUAAGCUACCGUUAGCAUGCUGACACUCCGCUCGCAUCUACAGUCACGACUAACAUUUGCUAGCUGAGUGGACUCUUAACUUAUCGUUGCUUUCAGACAGCCUGCCAGUUGUGGAGCACCGCGUUGUGUGAGGAAAAUCCCGAGUGGAGAUAAUGGCGGCACAAACAGUCUCUGUGGAAAGCUACCAAUUCGCCUGCCUAGCUUGCCAGGGAGCGGCUAACGGGCUAGCAGCGUAACUUUCCUCUCGCGGUGUCACACAGAAGCUGCAGAGCCCGCUUCCUCACUAGCCGACGUCUCGUACCUGAAGCAAGCUGGCGGCCCUCCGAGUAGAAGCCGAGGACAAGGAGCUGGGGCCCAUGGCCUGGGUCCUGAAGAUGGACGACGCCACCAUAGAGUCUGGGCUGGUGCACGACUUCGAUGCCAGCUUGUCCGGCAUCGGGCAGGAGCUGGGGGCUGGAGCCUACAGCAUGAGUGAUGUGCUGGCUCUCCCAAUCUUUAAGCAGGAGGACUCCAGCCUUCCUCCUGAAAGCGAGACCAAAAAUCCCCCAUUCCAGUAUGUGCUGUGCACCGCCACCUCGCCUGCUGUCAAGCUGCAUGACGAGACGCUCACGUACCUUAACCAAGGCCAGUCUUACGAGGUGCGUAUGUUGGACAACAGGAAGCCAGGGGAGUUACCAGAGCUCAACAACAAGAUGGUGAAGAGCAUAGUUCGAGUGGUGUUUCAUGACCGCCGGCUGCAGUACACAGAACACCAGCAGCUGGAGGGCUGGAAGUGGAAUCGUCCUGGUGACCGUCUCCUUGACAUCGAUAUCCCCAUGUCAGUGGGCAUUGUGGAGCCGAAGACUCACCCCUCUCAGCUAAACGCUGCAGAGUUUUUGUGGGACAUGAACAAACGAACUUCUGUGUUUGUGCAGGUGCAUUGCAUCAGCACGGAGUUCACUCCCAGGAAGCACGGUGGAGAGAAGGGCGUCCCCUUCAGGAUCCAGUUCGACACGUUCGCCCAGGGAGAAGGUGGAGAGUACACAGAGCACCUCCACUCUGCCUCCUGCCAAAUCAAAGUCUUUAAGCCAAAGGGGGCAGAUCGUAAGCAAAAGACCGACAGAGAGAAGAUGGAGAAACGCACACCUCAAGAGAAGGAAAAGUACCAGCCUUCUUAUGAUACCACUAUCCUGUCAGAGACGAGGCUUGAACCCAUCAUAGAGGAUGCGGGUGACCACGAGCUGAAAAAGUCCAGCAAGCGGACACUUCCCGCUGACUGUGGCGACUCCUUGGCCAAGAGAGGCAGUUGCUCCCCGUGGCCAGAAAACGCCUUCAUCAGCACCAACCAGGCAGCUUCUCCCUCCUUCUCCUCCACCCCGCUGUCCACCUACACAACCUCCUCAGUACCGGACAGUGACUCGUCCUCACCCAAUCACCAGGCAGACCCUUGCAUCCAUGGCAAUUCGGAGCAGCUGAGCCCCACUGCCUCCAUACAGGACGCACAGAAGUGGCUGCUGAAAAAUCGCUUUAGCUCCUACACACGGCUCUUCUCUCAUUUCUCAGGUUCUGAUUUGUUGAAGCUAACCCGGGACGACCUGGUCCAGAUUUGUGGCCCAGCAGAUGGGAUCAGACUCUUCAAUGCACUUAAAUCCAGGUCGGUGCGUCCCAGGUUGACGGUGUACGUUUGUCAGGAGUCCCCUCCGGAGAGCCCCCUGUUGGAGAGACACGGCAGCAGUGAAAACGGAGAGCACAGCAUUUCCUCUAGUUUACAUGUGUAUCAUGCUCUGUACCUAGAGGAGCUCACAGCUGCGGAACUGAUCCGCAAGAUGGCAUGCGUGUGCUGCCUUCCACUGGGAACUAUCAACCAGGUGUACAGACAGGGUCCUACAGGCAUACACAUCCUGCUCAGUGACCAGAUGGUUUACAACUUGCCGGAUGAGAGCUGUUUUUUAAUCAGCACUGUCAAAGAUGAACUGGGCGAAGGACUCCAUCUAAUCCUGAAGUAGUGAGGACAGAUGGCAUCACUAAUACUCCACCCUCUGUUUUGAAACAGAAGCCUCCCUUUGUUCCUCUCUGCCUGCCUCCACUCUCCUUGUACCUCCUGUUCUCUCUAAACGCUUGCACGAUGGAAAGCAGAGAGACUGCGCCAAAGCCAUGUAAAUGUUAGAAUCUGACAUGGGUGUGUCCACUGUUUCAUAUUGAAAACACUAUUAAUGGAGGAGAUUAGUUAAAAGAGGAGAGACUGGGGGGAGUAUGGGGUUAGGGGAAAUAAAAUGAUGUAUGUAUUUUGAUUUUAUUUUAUUUUUUCGUCUUUUUAUAUGGUUUCUGCGGGAGGGGGGAGGCUUCAGGAGAGAGGCAGGAGAGUGACGUUCUGGCCGGCAGGAGAAUGAAAGAAAGCAGUUUCUUUAGUGCUCGUUGCCCUUCUUACACAAUGCACACAACCAGCACUAGGCCAGUAUUUGAUAACCUGUAGUGCUAAGCAGCAUGCGAUCUCAACAUACUAACUUGCUUAAAGGAGAAUCCCAACGUGCUCUGCUUGUUUAUCAUUCUUAAAGGGGUUGUCUCAAUAAACCAUUUAUUGAUCAGCUGAGCUUGAUAACCCCUGAAAUACCCGGGCUAAAUUGGUGAAGUGGUGUCAUUUUGGGGGGGCUGUUGACACCAAUGUAACUUUUUUUUUUUUUUUUUUUUUUUCCUUUCCUUGGACUUUGACAGAUGGACUGAUUUUAUUAACUCUUGUCACAUAGUUAUCCUAUGUGAUUUUAGACUUCCAGCCAUAUCUCUGACACAGUGGCACACUCAGCUCAACUCUCUUAACGUACGUCCUGUUUAACCUGCGCUUUUAUUGUUUUCAGUUUAUGCUUUAUUUAUGAAUCAGCUGUUUGUAUUGCUGUCAUUGAAUUUACUUUUUUUUCUGGUGCCAUAUUGGCUUUUUAACACAAUCUUUUUACUCAUGUUCACGAACAAAGUGCGCAUCAUUGUCUUUGUCUCCUCCCGCUUUCUGUGCUGACUUUGAAACACUGGUUUAGAGGAGUGUGGUUUACGCCUUCUGGGAUUUUGGCCAUAAAUGUGCACAAAAGAAAAGAGUAAGAAACUUCUAUAGAAGACUGACAUGAGAGCAGUAACGCCUAUCCAAAAACCUACUAUAAUGUGGACCAAAUGGGUUUGAGAUUGAUAGGCAUUUUUUGAGGAAAAGCCUCAUUGGCUCUGCACAUCGUGGUCACUAGAAGCAUUCACAGAAUUGAUCAGAUGGCAAAUUAAACCCUUAGUGGAGUUGCUUGUGCGCUGCAUGUACAUAGUGAUAAACCCUCCAUUCCAGGAUCUGCUCUGCAAGAAACAACCCAUCACACAGCAUGCUGGUUAGAAAUGUAUCACUGCUGUAGCAUGGUUUCAAUAGUCUUAUCCUGUAGACUAGAAAAUCAUGGUAGCUCCACAUCCAUCUUCUGAAUUUUGUGUUUUUAAUGUAGCUGAACACAGGAAGAACCUUUUUGAAAAGUGACAGGAAGGUCCUGGGAGCCACCGUUGGUUUAGUUUGACCCCCUUUGAUUUUGGUACACAAUGUCUGGCAAAUGUUGCAAGUGCAUACAGUUUGCACGCCUCUGUGUCAGAUGGUGUGUGUGUGUGUGUGUGUGUGCGCGUGCAUGUGUAUCAUUUUUUUGUUUUUGCAAAGAAAACUUAAUUAUGUCAGUAGUUGUCAUAAACUUUUUCCUGAUGGUAUGAUGAAACUGUGUUUAGCUUGCUGUUUAGUAAAGAGGAUGUGGAAGAUGGGGAAAGGAGGGUGGGAGGGAGGGAUAAUUUGGUCCUGGGUGAGUGUAACCCCUCCUUCUUUUUCCAGAUGUUAGAGACCAAGUCUACACUGAAAAAUCACAAAACUCAAGCUUGAUGUGUAGUCAGUAGUCCUACAGCCACACCCUCUUCUUAUCCACCUAUAAAAAGGAGAACAAAAAAAAAGACUGUAGAGACUGAAAAGCAUUUGUUUUUGUCUCUCCAAGCGCCAUAGCCAGGACUGUAGCUCUUGUGGUGUUUAUAAGGACAUGACAUGAGUACCCCAACACAGUAAACUGUGUUUGUUGACUCAAAAAUUAGUGAGUAAUAGAGCGCGUGUGAUACCACGUCAGACAUACUCUGGUGAGCAGUUUUGGUCCUCUGGAGACCUGACCAGUCGCUGUGUGUGUGUGUGUGUGUGUGUGUGUGUGUGUGUGUGUGUGAGAGAGAGAGUGAGCAGGAGAGGUGACCACCAUACAUGUACAGCCUAACGUCAAUGAUGAUGCUUCUCAUGUGCACAGUAUCGUAUGCUGGAGAUGUACACAACCACAUGUGCUGGGAAUAAAUGAUUUCAUAACUUU